CUCGGCGUGGCGGGAUGGAGCAGGCGGGCCCGGUUGGCGGGAGCCGGGAAGGCCGUGGCGUCCAGUUCCAGUUCAGCCCGGAGCCCACGCUGGAGGACAUCCGUCGCCUCCAUGCCGAGUUCGCCUCAGAACGAGACUGGGACCAGUUCCACCAACCUCGCAAUCUGCUGCUGGCCAUGGUCGGAGAGGUGGGAGAGGUGGCGGAACUCUUCCAGUGGAAGUCGGACUCCGGAUCCGGCCCGCUGUCGUGGUCGGUGGCGGAGCGGAAGGCGCUCGGGGAGGAGCUGAGCGACGUCCUCAUCUAUUUGGUGGCCCUGGCAGCCCGCUGCCAGGUGGACCUGCCCCUGGCAGCGUUGGCCAAGAUGGAGACCAACCGGCAGCGCUACCCCGUGGGCCUGGCCCGGGGGUCGGCCCGCAAGUACACCGAGCUGCCCCGCGGGACGACCCCCGGGGACCCGGCGGCGGGGGCCGAGGGAGACAGAACUGGACCUACGGGGGAGAAGGCCGGGUGAGGACCCGAUCUGCCGUCGGGACGGAGACGGGACGGGCCGUCAUCCUCAGCGCCUGGGCUCGGAGGGCCAAAGCUUCCUUCGGGGCGCCCUGGACGGAAACCAGGAGUCCCCGUUGUCCGUGCGGCGGGCGUCUCUUCUUUUACCCUCCCGCUGCGAUCUGCUCGCUGCUCUGAAUAAAAAUGGUUUGGGAGACUGG